UUGUGCAUUCCUUGGCAGGAUGGCCUUUGUCUCUUGAUUCCAGCGUCACGAGAUGUGACCCAGUUUCGAGAUUCUUCAUCAAUCAAUACAUACAGCCAACCACUGUUCUCUUCUUUUCUCCCCAGCUAAGCCCUCCAAACCUCUCUAUAAAUAGCCCCCAUCCCGCAACCCUUCCUUCACACCACCACCUUUUGGCUUCUUAAUCUGGUCCAGUGUUGCUCUCUCGAUACUAGCUCGCAUAUUCAAUCCCGCUUGAUCCCCAUGGCCACUGUUGAGGUCCAAUCAGCAACCACUGCACUGCCAGAUGAGAACGUAGAGAAGCAACCAAACGAGGCCCAGGAAGCACCAAAGGAGGAAGUUGUCACACCCCCGGCAGCAGCAGUCGAGGAGCCAAAGGAGGAGGCAGCGACUGAUGCUGCAACCGAAGAAAUUCAGGCUCCUGUGGAGGUGAAGGCUGAGGAGGUGGUCGCCGAGGCCGAGCCGGUGGUGGAGGAAGCAGCAGCAGCAGCAGAGAAGACUGAAGAGCCUGCCCAAGAGGCGGCACGUGAGGUUCCCACAGAGGAGCCCGUGGAGACCAAGGCCCCUGAGGAGGCACCUGUGGCUCCUGCCGAGGAGGAGAAGAAGGAAGAAUUGGAGGAGAAGCCUGCCGUGGAGGAAGAGAACAAGGAAGCUGCAGCUGAAAAGAGUGAGGCGUAGAUAUUGUACUAUGUAUCCGUGUUGAUGAACGGCUACAAAUUUGGUUGUGACUGUUCCUUAGAAUCUGUUUGGAUGUAAGGGGCUUGUGGUGUGAGAAGUAUGAAUAAUGAAGCUAGGCCUAUGGAGGCCCAACUUAAAACUAGUUC